UUGCUUUGCAUGUGGUAAAGGGAAAUCAGUGCUUUUGACAUUGUUUGAUGAGAGAAAUGAUAAAUGAAAGCUUAUUGUAAUCCAUUAAUGAAAUGCUGCUUUUUAAAUACAUAUGUAUUUUUUAAACUGUAUCAUGUUGGACCUUGCCAGGGGUAAUGGUGGUGCAUUAAGGCGAGGUGAGGGAACACAUUGAUUGCUCUGCUGCCUCCUUUCUCUGCCUCAGCUCCAUGAUAGAUAUCGCUCCGGCUGCUGCGUAGCCAAGGAGUGGGAGGGACUGCCCAUCUUCCAGGAUUUCCAUUGGUUUCACAGCCCGAACGGUGGAGAAGGGGGGGGGGGUGCCUCUAAUCAUAUCCAGCAUGUUUUGCACAAGAAAUGUCAGCCAGAAAGGGCUAUCUUCUCCCUUCGCCAAAAUACACCACAAUAAUGUCAUGUUCGGACAGCCCGUCAGGAAAUGCGUUUUUAGUGGAUUCUCUGAUCAGUGGCCGCAGCGAGACCGGCGGAGGUCACUACGCGGGGAGCGCAUUGUGCGUGCCACAUAGCAGCGCCACAGAAGUGCCUUAUGGACUACACAACUAUGGAUACUUCCCAGGUAUGGGUAAAAGAAGCGAGAUGGGUCCCCAAAACAUGGUUUCCGCCUCUGGUGCGUACAUGUCCAGCAUGGAGAUGUGGAUGGACGCGCAGAGGUCAUGUCGAAUGGACCAAGAGCACCCGGUGGGUCCCCAGGUCGCGCCCUGCUCGUUCCCGCAAAAUAUUAAGGAAGAGAGCACCUACUGUCUGUAUGAGCAAACGAAGUGCCCUAAAGCCUCCACCGCCGAAGAUCUUACAUAUUCGAGGUUAACGACAGCCGGCCUCGGCUCGAGUUCUUGUACAGUUACCGAUGGCGGCGGGGGCUCAGUGCCUGUGCCUGGCUACUUCCGCUUGUCUCAGACGCACGCACAUUCUCAUAAACUUUACAACACUAACGGCCCCCAGCCGAACCCUUCCCAUUCUCAUUUUGGCCUACACCCCAUUGCUCCUGCUCGCUUCCUUACGCCACCAACCUCGACUUCUGCUCCAGCCACGGCGCAAGAAAGGAGGAACACCGAGGAGCCCGUGUCCUCGGGAACCGCAGACCUGCAGCCUCACGCUGCACCAGGGACCGAGGAGGCACGCGAGUCUUCGGAUGCAGAAGCCUCCUCAACUGACGAGACAGAAGAGCAUGACAAAGAGAGACCAGAAAAGACCAAUAAAGGGGAGACACAAAGUGAAAGCUCGGCUAACUGGCUGACAGCAAAAAGCGGCCGGAAGAAACGCUGUCCAUACACCAAGCAUCAGACACUGGAGCUGGAGAAGGAGUUCCUCUUCAACAUGUACCUGACCCGAGAGCGCCGCCUAGAGAUCAGUAAAAGUGUCCACCUAACUGACAGACAGGUUAAAAUCUGGUUCCAGAACCGCAGAAUGAAACUGAAGAAAAUGACGAGGGAAAACAGGAUCCGGGAGCUCACCUGCAACUACGGAUUUUCAUGAUGAACAAGGUGACCACAUUGAAAUAGAAGAUAAUUGGUGAAAUCAAUGACACCCCCCCCCCCCCCGCCCCCAGCCUCCUUCCUCACCACUCUGUACACAUAAUGACUCAUUUCACUGUGGAGUAUACACUUUCUUUUAUUUCCUGACACGCUUAAAGUCAAUGCAUCGUCUUCUGUGAGCUACUGAGAAUAAGAAAAGGAAAAAAAUGAAUGUCAUGAGUUUCUAUUUGAUUGUUUUCUGAUGUUGUGUUUUGGGAUUGUCGACCUGUUUCUGUCACUUCUGUCGUACGGUUGGAUAGUGUCGUCAAUGGAGUAAAAUUAACGCUAUUUAAAAAAUCACAUUAAAAGUUGACUUAAAUUGUCUACUUUUCCCCCCACCGCUGGCUUCAAUUUUAAUCUAAAUUUAGUCAAACAAAUAUAAAUAUAUUUUUAUUUUAAUUCGAAUUGUAUGAAUUUAAGUUUUCCUACGUUUCAUUUUCGUAAUUUUACACCCCCCCUCCCCUCCCCAGAAUAUGAUGCCCAUGUUACCACCAAGAAAAGAAUGAUUCACCUUUGACCAUUAUAUGUAGUUCUACCUUAAUAUGGACCUAUUCUAUGUAUGAGCUAAAUAGUCUUUAAUCUUUAAUCACGUUGAGGACGUUUACAUGAACACGAUGUGCAAAGUGAAAUAGGAAUGUUUUUAUUGUAUAUUUCUGUGUACAUAUGACGUGUUUUGUGUAAUGCUUAAUAAAUUAUCAGCUCGC